AUGACGACAUACGACCUUGAAGCUGCUAAGAAGCACCUCCUAUACACUGGCAUAAUUAUCUCGCCAGUGAAAGUUGUCAAGGCACUGGGUACCUAUCUUACAGAUAGCGAUGGACGUCAAAUUCUCGACUUCACCUCUGGACAACGGAGUUCUCUGCUCGGUCAUUCUCAUCCCGAAAUCGUGGAUGUGGUCAAAAAGCAGAUUGAGACGGUCGAUCACCUACACAGCACCAUGAUCGCAGAGCCCGUGGUGGAUCUAGUCCUACGAUUGGCUCGCUUGCUUCCCCCGCCUCUUGAGAAAACCCUUUUAUUGAAUACGGGAUCCGAGAGCGUGGAGGCAGCAAUCAAGCUGGCUAAAGCCUACACUGGAAAAUUUGAGGUCAUUGCUCUGACUGCCAGCUACCAUGGCCAGACAAGCUCUGCCAUGUCCGCCACUUUCUCCAAGUAUCGUAACACAGGACUCCCAUGCAUGCCUGGCCAGCUGGCUUUGCCUGCACCAUAUGCAUACGGAUCGCCAUUCCAGAAGAAUGGGGUUUACGACUGGGAGGCUGAAUUCGAAUAUGGAUGGUCAUUGAUCGAUCGCCAGACCGUUGGGUCACUGGCAGCCUUUGUGAUCGAGCCGAUUCUUUCUGGUGGUGGAAUUCUAGAACUUCCCAAGGGUUAUUUGACGCGAUUGAGUGCUGAAUGUAAGAAACGGGGAAUAGUGCUGAUCGUUGACGAGGCACAGACGGGUAUUGGGCGGACAGGUAAGAUGUUCGCCUUUCAAGAGGAGGAGGGAUUUGUUCCGGACAUUCUUCUCUUGUCCAAGACACUAGGCUGUGGAGUUCCUCUUGCGGCUCUCGUCACAAGUGCCGAAAUUGAGAAAGGUACUCGACGGUCAGUUUUCUACUGGAACACAACGCACCAGAAUGAUCCUUUAACUGCAGCCGUUGGGAGCAAAACCCUUGAGAUUGUUGAACGUGAUGGGCUCUGUCAAAAUUCAGCCGAGCGGGGUGUCCAGCUGGCCGAUGGCUUACUUCGGCUUCGGGAGAAGUAUGGGGAUUGGAUUGGAGAUACCCGUGGCCGGGGACUUCUUCAGGGUUUGGAAUUGAACUCAGUUCCUGGGGCUAAGCUUACUGCGAAGGAAGUGGGGGCUCAAGUAGUAGAUAAAGCCCUGGCUGGUGGACUCUCAUGUAGUGUUGUUCCGUCUCCUGCUCAGGGAUCUGUUGUUCGCCUGGUCCCACCUAUUACUGUAUCAGCCAAGGAAAUCGACGAGGCUAUCCGGAUUCUAGAUGAAUCUCUUGCAGCUGUGCUAGCGCAGUAA